UCAGGGCUCUCAGGUUAUGCAUGUAAGAAGCAGGUACACAAUAUUAAGUGUACAGCUACAUAUACCAUGACUGCUCUGGCUAUGCUCGUAUUUUGAAAAUCAAUAUUUAAGACUCUCAGGUAUUGCAGGUUAUCUGGCUUUCACUUUUACAUUUGCUGUGUUCAGUGAAAAGUUAUCAAAAGACAGCAAACUAGUUUGGUAAAAAUUGGUGAAAGUGAAUCGUCUAUAAUGGACUACCAACAUGUUCUGGACUAUUUCAUGUGGACUUUCACUGCAGUUUCUGCACAGGAUGUGAAAUAUUUCCUGAAGGGUCAGGACAUACACUUCAUGCCAUCCAUCUCUGAACAACCUAUUAGAUUUAUUUGGCUACAUAAUGAAAAUGAUGUGGUAUGGUUUACUGGCACGGAGGAGGAUGUGCCUUCUUCAUACAAGAACAGAAUCACUCUGGACCGGGUCUCUGCAGAACUCACCAUCAAAAACGCCACAUAUGAAGACAGUGGAGACUAUCUCCUACUAAUGAACAUAAACAGCGAGCAGGAUACUUUCCUGUAUAGAAUUGAAGUUAUAGACAAAGUAUCCAAACCCAACAUAUCCUGUGAGAUGAGCGACACAAAGCAGGCGACACUUGUGUGCUCAACAGAGUCCAAACAUCCUCAUUUAUUAAAGUUGAAGUGGAGCUCACCAGGAAAGGAGCAGACUGGACCAAAUUUAACAAUAACUGUCAGGAAUGAAGAUGAUGAUCAAGUUUAUCGUUGUGAUGUCAGCAACCCUCUGACCAAUGAAACGGCUUCAUUCACCGCUAAGGACUGCUUCCUGGUUUCUGCACAGGAUGUGAAAUAUUUCCUGAAGGGUCAGGACAUACACUUCAUGCCAUCCAUCUCUGAACAACCUAUUGUAAUUCACUGGCUACAUGAUGAAAAUGAUGUGGUAUUUUUUACUGGCACGGAGAAGUAUGUGCCUUCUCCAUACAAGAACAGAAUCACUCUGGACCGGGUCUCUGCAGAACUCACCAUCAAAAACGCCACAUAUGAAGACAGUGGAGUCUAUCUCCUACAAAUGAACAUAAACAGCGAGCAGGAUACUUUGCUGUAUAGAAUUGAAGUUAUAGACAAAGUAUCCAAACCCAACAUAUCCUGUGAGAUGAGCGACACAAAGCAGGCGACACUUGUGUGCUCAACAGAGUCCAAACAUCCUCAUUUAUUAAAGUUGAAGUGGAGCUCACCAGGAAAGGAGCAGACUGGACCAAAUUUAACAAUAACUGUCAGGAAUGAAGAUGAUGAUCAAGUUUAUCGUUGUGAUGUCAGCAACCCUCUGACCAAUGAAACGGCUUCAUUCACCGCUAAGGACUGCUUCCUGGGUAAAAGAUCAGAUGUUCAUCUGUUUAUCAAAUUAGUCUGUAUCUUCAUUCUGGUCAUCUUGUGUUGUGUUUUAUACAUAACACCUCAAUAUCUAAAAGUGUCCAAAGAGCGUGAUGAAAAGACAUCCUUCUUAGACCAAGUACUCACUCUUCCCUCCAACUCAGGACUAAACGUGUUGACUGAGGAUGAGAAGAUGGAUUCAGAAGGAGCCAUGCUACUCACUGCUUCUGUUCCUGCACUUCAUUCCUCUUCAACACACUUAAACACUAUCACUGAACUUUCAGAUACCAGCAAUGAUCAGCAAGAUCAGCAGAAAAAUUCGGAGGAAAAUGUGAAAACAGAUGACUUCCUGAGUGGAGCGACACUCAGUGAUUGGGGAGGAAUUAGAAGACGAAGCAAGAGUUGGUCAGGAAUCAGUCCUACAUAUGACAGAAAAGUACAUCUCAAAAAGAAGGAAGAUUUCAGGGAGAAAACAAAGACAAUUUCUUUGACCAAAGUAACUAAUAAUUUGAAAAAGGAGUGAAAGAAGCCUUUUAUGUUAAAUGGCCAUUUUGAAACAAAGAUGGAGGUUGUAGCAACAUGAGCUGACAAAUUCACCAACAACUGGAUCAUUUUUUUUUUCCCCCCAAGAUGUCGCCGCUGUAGUGGCUGCUGGUGGCAGGAGCUCUGUGCUCUUGUGUCAUCCUUCUGUGUUCCUGGUGUUUCCUUCUUGUUUUCAUGUCGGUUUUGUUUUUCCUUUUGGUUCGGGACCCUUUGGGACUGUCUGACAAGGGGUGGCACUUUCGAGACUUCUGUGGGGCUUUUUUGUGGACUUCUGGAUCUGCUUCCUUUAGACCAUGGAGACCAGCUGCUGGGUCUCUGCCACACCAGAGUCCGUUUGGAGAGACUGGAGGAGACGCGGAUGAAGAGACAGAGCUGCGGAGCUGGUGCUGAGCGCCGGGACGGACGGGCUUCACAGUGUCUUGGCUGAAUGAGCAGGUAUCGGACACCUCGGUCUCCUUGGACGCAUCCUCACUCAUCCAUGCAGACUGGACACUGGCCGAGAGUUAGUGAGCGGCCGAGUGGCUCUCUUGGUUGCUUUGUUGGGUCUGCUCCUGUGUCCGGCCAUGCUGCCCCCCACCCCAGCAGACGAUGGCGUGGAAUACCGCAGAGGCCACCACACUGUAUAUGUUUUUUUAAAUUUUAUAUUAAUUUUUUUGUAGCUAUAUAUAGAAAUGGCUGGUUGCAUCAGCAAUGCUCUUUUAAUGUCCUUUGAUGUUUCCCUCUUACACACAUGCUAAUGUGUGCUUUAGCUAUGAGUUUUUUCCGUUGGCCUUAGUCUGGACCCCUCUCCAGGGGCCCAGGCUUAGACUGAAUAGUCUACCUGGACGUUGGAGUCUGCAAUAAAGCUUGAUUGAUAACGUUUUCAGAUUAAUAGAUAUGAAACUGUACAUAGACAAUGUAGAUAUUGCGUAAAUUUCAUAUUUUAUGUCACCAUAUUUACUCUAUUUAUACCUGCAUUGUCCUUUACACCUUUGCACUUUCCAUCAUUGUAAAUGAGCUGCUGUGGAGAACAAUGCUGUUGUGAAUCAUUACAAAUGCACAAUUUCACCGGUAUAUGAAUUGAGGCUUUGAGUUCCUUUACAAUUGAAGAUAUUGCACAAUGUAUACGUCUAAUUGUUACACUGACAAAUUUAGACAAUCCUUGAUAUAUGUUUGAAAUCAAUAAACAUUGCACGUUUCGUUGCUCGAUGACUAUA